AUGAUGAUACCUGGUUUAUCGACAUCAUCAACGCCAGCUCUGGAUAAACUUAUCGCAUCAUUUCAUAAUUCUAGUACAUCAAAAGAGCAGCGCGACAUCUUUGCUAGGAUGGUCUCGAAUGAAUCUCAGAAAAGGAACAUGGCGACGAAUGCUGGGCCUGGCGCGCCUGUGCAAAAUGGCAUGAACGGCACAAGUCCCGCGCAACCUGCGCAUCCAUAUUUGUCUUCGCAAACACCAGUACCGUUGCCCAAUUACGCAGCGCCUCGGAGACAAGCACCCAGUGCUUCGCAAUCAGAACCGAGCUCUGCCAUGCCACCUGGACAGCACCGCUCAUCGCCCGUGCAGUCUGGCACAUCGUAUCAAAUACCUUCGCAACCACACGCAAUGCAGAAUGGAAAUGCUGUAUCAACUCCUUUGCGGGCGCACUUCUCACCAGAAGCACAACGCAACCAGCCUACUAAGGAAUUCUUGAACGAAUACCAAGCGUUGAUUGCUUUGGUUGACAGGGCACCUGCGACAGUUGUUCGACAAGUUAUUCGUGACAGAUGGGAAAAGUCCCUUAUGGGUUCUCAAUACCAUAUUGCUUUUUUGCUGAAUGCAACCAUGCACCAAGCAUCUUCUGAAACCAUCGGCAAGGCUGUCGAGGAUUUUGGUGCUAAUCUUGUUCAGAAAGCAAAACACGAGCUUGUAGGCCAUCUCAGCCCCUCUGACAUUGACGAGCUGGCGGACUCGAUUAUUGCUCGUGCCGGUCCGCAGUUUCUCGACAGAAUUCUGGCUAGGCGCCUUGAGACAAUAUCAGCACGGCAGCUUGUUAACGCCUUGGCGCGCGCUGAGCGUCUAGGCUACAAUGUCCAGGACAUUGUCCGGGAGCAUGAUGAGCAAGUUAUUCCAUCUAUGGACUCGGUACUCACGUCAUCUACAAUGCCUCCCGCAAAUGAAACAUUGCGUGUGCAGCACUACCAGCCUCGAGUCAUUCCUUCACAGCAGCUACAGCAACCUCAGCCGCCGAUGACACACCCACCCGCUCCAGCACCACCCGCAAAGGUUUCGUCGCCCGCCGACCUUCCUAUGGCGGCCCUUGGUUACCACAAGAAGAAGGGCGCUUGCAACAAGAUUCGUCCGACCGACCAGCCGGGAAGAGACGUAUGCCUCCUAUGUGGGUGCAGGUUCGGCAGUAAUGGCGGUUUACUAUACCACGAGAAGUCUGAGGUCUGUGGAGAGCAUGAUAGAGAAAUUCGCCAGAAGAUGCUCGAUUUAAUUGAGUAUUUUCGUGCACAUGGAAGAAAGGCGCACUACCGUGCUGCUCAUUCAUUGAUGACCCCUCGAGCUCAAGCAAAAGCACCAUCAACUGAGCAUCAUGCAACUUUGGCCACGCCAUCUCAGCCAUCCAGCACUCCUCAGCGCGAUCCGUAUGCGCAUCUUACACCUGAUCAGCACAGAGAAUUCAGCGCCAUCAUGAGGGAUGCUGAAGAGAAAUACGGGGGCCUCAUGAGGGAGGCGGCGCUUCUCGACGAACCGGAGAGACAAAAGCGCCUGGCGAGCCUGAAGAAUUCUUACAACACAAAACAAAGCACGACCCGUAAGAAGUUUGGCAUUCGCCUGCGCGAGAGGCGCACUCGAGACGAGAUCGAGGCCGAGGAGGCCAGACUUUUCCGUAGUCCUAGAGGCCGAGGAACGUCGACAAAUGGAACUCCUGUUCUUGACCGCGAAUCUCAUCCGAAGAAAAGGCCUCGGCCAGAUGAUAUGGAUGCGGCCCCAUCAGCAAGCGGGACAAACAGCAACCAAGAGCACCCACAGAAGAGAGUCUCCAGGGCGGAGAUGGGUGGUGGUUUAUCUGGAUCGCAAGCUACUGCAGAGCUUACUGAUCCUACAGCGCAUUUGAAUCCGCCCCAGUCACGGUACACACCCCAGAAGUCAUCUGCUCCCAGACUAUCCUGGCCUUCAAACCGGGCUGAGGCAGCUGUGAGAGGGACUCAAGAGGAUCCCAUGUCAAUUGACGAAGACGACUCUGAUUCAGACAGCGACAGUGACGGCGACGAUGAUGAUAUUCCAGCCACUCUUGACUAA